UACAUUAUUCAACUAUGAUGUCAAAAGUCACUGUAAUAAUGUGUUAGGGUGCAGCUUUGUGUUGAACUGCCUCACCCAUCAUCAUCAUCAUCAUCAUCACUAGUGUGAGAUCAUCCAGACAAACACGAAAUCUCUCAUUUGCCUUUACCACGGAGGAAUGCUCCACAUUGAAACAGUUCAGGGAAUCUUAUCUGGUCAGGGAGUGUUGUCAUUCAUCCAGUCCCUGCAGGAAUAGCACAUUUGUGUGCAUAAAGCAGGGAAAAUGAGUACGGGGAAGCCGAGUGGUCUCAAACCACCCACCAAGAUUGGUAAACCAGCUGCGACGCCAAGCAAAACCUCACCCACCUCAGCUGGUGCAAAGGCUGUAACAUCCCCAACCUCUAAUACAGCCCAAGAUGCUGCAUCAGAUUUCUCUGUUGGCGAACGAGUUUGGGUCAAUGGAAAUAAACCGGGUUAUGUGCAGUUCAUCGGAGGGACCCAGUUUGCACCAGGCCAAUGGGCGGGAAUAGUUCUAGACGAGCCCAUAGGGAAAAACGAUGGCUCUGUGUCUGGAGUGCGCUACUUCCAGUGUGAGGACUUGAGAGGUAUAUUUACUCGGCCCUCCAAACUGUCUCACACUCCCCUGCCAGAGCGUGAAGCCAAUGGCACACCAACACCCGCCAACAAGACAUCCACCUCCCCUGCCAAAGAUCCCGUUCCUGUCACUCAAACCACUAGUGCAACCACCAAAACUUCAACAAACCUAACAAGAGCCGCCAGCGAGUCUGCAUCCAAUCUGUCUGAGACAGAUUCGGCCAAGAAGUUGCAGCGGGAACUGAAGUUGGGUGAUCGCGUUCUGGUUGGUGGAACCAAGGCAGGUGUUGUGCGUUUCUUGGGCGAAACUGACUUUGCAAAAGGUGAUUGGUGCGGCGUUGAGUUGGACGAGCCUCUUGGCAAGAAUGAUGGGGCAGUUGCUGGUGCAAGAUAUUUCCAGUGCCUACCAAAGUAUGGACUGUUCGCUCCUACUCACAAAGUCACCCGCAUUGGAUUCCCGUCCACCACUCCCGCUAAAUCCAAAUCCUCCAGGCGCAGGUCGACCCUAAAGAACAGCCCCAGCGCAUCCUCCAUCAGCUCCCUCAGCUCUGUCACCUCCUCAGUUGGAGGCAAACCCAGCCGAGCAGGCCUGCUCACAGAGACGUCGGCUCGGUACGCACGGAAGAUCUCAGGCACCACGGCCCUGCAGGAGGCCCUAAAGGAGAAGCAGCAGCACAUCGAGCAGCUCCUGGCUGAGCGGGACAUAGAGAGGACAGAAGUGGCACGAGCCACAAGUCAUGCCGGAGAGGUGCAGCAAGAGCUGGCGCUGCUCAGACAGGGCCAGGAACAGUACGCUGUGGAGAUGGAAGCCAAGUUGGACCAGCUGCGGAGACUCGUAGAGACUGCAGACAGAGAUAAAGUGGAGCUGAUGAAUCAACUGGAAGAAGAAAAGAGAAAAGUGGAGGACCUGCAGUUCAGUGUAGAGGAAGCUUGCAUUACCAAAGGUGACCUAGAGACGCAGACCAAAAUGGAGCAUGCCCACAUUAAGGAGCUUGAACAGAGUCUUCUCUUUGAAAAGACCAAAGCAGAUAAACUCCAGAGGGAGUUAGAGGAUACUAGGGUGGCCACAGUGUCCGAGCGCUCCAGAAUCAUGGAGCUGGAAAAGGAAGUGUCCGAUUUGCAUCUUCAGCUGAGAACUCUCCGGGCUGAGACCGCGGGAUCAGCCUCACCUCCAUUACAAGACAAAAAGAUCAAGGAGCUGAACUUUGAACUGGAAAACAGACAGAAGGAAGUGCUCAUAUUCCAGCAGAAACUCACUUCCUCUGAACAGGAGAAAACAUCCCUCCAGCAGCAGCUGCAAGAUCUAAAGCAGAAACUUGACACAGCAGUGGAGGACAAUAAUAAAGCAACACUAGCCAUGCAAGAAAUGGAAAGAAACAUUAAAAUGCAGGAAGAGAAGCUGGAUCAGGUGUCCAGGGAGAAGGAGGACAUGCAGAGGGAUGUGGCCGUUCGGCAGCAGCAGGAACAGACGAAGAGUGAAGAGAGAGAGCUUCAGAUGAAGGAGCUGAAGGAGAAGUUGGGCCGAGCAGAAGGAGAGCUGAACAGAAUCACAGAGAGAAGUGCUGAGCUGGAAGAGCAGGUGGUGGAACUGAAAGCCUUCAAAGACCAAACCCAGGGUUUACAGACUGAUGAAAAGCUGGAGCAGAUGACAAAGAGAAAUGAGAAGUUGCAGGAGGAGGUAAAUAUGCUUUAUUCUCCUUAUCAUGAAGAUAACAUUGACUCCUGGUCAUAUAAGGCUAGCGUGUGUUUGUGCAAACGUGAGCGUGUGCUGGGACGCCAGAGGGGCGAGAGCUCGUGCCUCUCUCUCUCUGCAGGGGGCCGUAGGGGAUGUAUCAUUGAUAGGGCACAUUUGUUUGGAAAUAACAGGAAAGACAUGGAUGUGACAGCACUCCAACAGGACUACACGGACAGCGUUUAUAGUUCUCUGUGCCAGGUAAAGAUCGCUCUUCUGUAG